UCCCCAUUCUGGCUAAUGCUUGCCUGGCAAACAAAAUCAUUGACGACGAUUGACCUCCCAUCACCCAUCCUAGCACUCACAAUGAAUCCGGCACAGUACGAUCAGGACACAAAAAUACAUGAUCUUCGCCGCGAGACGAACCCGGUAUCGAAGGCGGGCCCACUGUCGUGGUACACCUUCUGGUGGUUGAAGGAUCUGUUUCGGACGGGGCUGAAGCGCCCGAUCGACGAGACCGACAUCUAUGAAACGCUUUCAAGCCACCAGAGCGCUCAACUGUCGUACCAGUUUGAAAGGCACUGGAAAGCGGAACAGAAAGGCAACGAUCGGCCCAGCUUUCUGCGGGUGAUAUGUCGAAUCUAUUGGCGAUCGAUACUCGGUUACGGAUCGAUAUAUACCAUCGUUGACUUGCUGGCAAGAAUCCUGCAACCGCAAUGUCUUGGUGGGUUGGUGUCCUAUUUCGCUCCCGGACAGCAGGAUAUUGGCAAGGAAGAGGCGUAUUACUAUGCUAUCGGAAUCAUACUCUGCUCGCUGGUACCGGUAGCCGUCUUUCAUCACUUUAUCCUGUACAUAUUUCAAAUCGGCAUGAAGAUUCGUGUCGCAUGCUGUUCGCUGCUCUACAAAAAGGCACUUCGCAUCACGAAAGCAGCCGGAACGGACGGUAUGACCGGGCAGGUCAUCAAUUUGAUGUCUAACGAUGUGGCCAAAUUUGACACAGCGACCGGCUUUGUGCACGACAUCUGGAAAGGAUUAAUUGAGUUGCUGGUGCUGGGAUUCUUCAUUUACCGACAGAUUGGCAUAUCGGGACUGUUCGGCAUUGCCUUUUUGCUCAGCUUCAUUCCUUUACAAGCGUGGCUCGGAAAACGGGCGGCACUUUUCCGUCUUAAAACGGCCAACCGAUCCGACCGCCGGAUACAGUUCAUGAACGAAAUCAUACAAGGCAUUCAAGUGAUAAAGAUGUACGCCUGGGAGGAGAGCUUCAGCCAGAUGGUGGACCGCAUCCGGCGGAAGGAGGUGAACGGGAUACGGGGAACCCUAUUUAUACGCGCCGGACUGCUAUCGUUCAAUCUCGUUUCACGUGUGGCCAUCUUUCUCAGCUUAGUCGCGUACGUCCUGUACGGAAACGUGUUCACCGCCAAGCGGGUGUUCAUCGUGACCUCCUACUUUAACUGGCUGUACAGCUCGAUGCUCCACUUCUGGCCGCUGGCACUGACAUCCGUUCACGAGGGACUGGUGUCGAUAAGACGGAUACAGGACUUUCUGUUGCUGGACGAGCGAAAGUACAGACCGGCGCGGACCGACCACCCGGCGACGAUGCACGAGACUGCGUUGGACGAGAGUGCCUGCGAGUUGCUGGCAGAGGCAAGGAAUGGCAAUGGAGUGGACAGCACAGCAAAUGCAGCACCGGAAGGAAAAGCCCGGAGCACGGUUAAGAGAGCGCCGUCUCACAGCAGGCGAUUCAUUAACAGAAAAGCGGUAACGCGGCAUGGAAUUUUUAUGCGCAACGGUACCGCUCUCUGGGAGAAGGACUUGCCAGCAUCCAGCGGUGAAGUUAAUGUACGAGCUAGCGGAAUCAAACGCGUAACACUAACCGUAGACAAGACGAACCCGUGCGUAAUCGUCGGUUCGGUUGGAAGCGGUAAAUCGACCAUGCUGCAGGUUAUCCUCGGCGAGCUCGAGCUGGACGAGGGCCGGUUGGAAAUCAAUGGCAAUAUUAGCUACGCUCCACAGGAACCCUGGCUGUUUGAGGGAACGGUCAAGAACAAUAUCGUCUUCACCGAGGAUUACCAGGAGAAGCGGUACCGGGAGGUGGUGUCCGUCUGUGCGCUGGAUCGAGACUUUCAGCUGCUUCCCAGCGGAGAUCAAACGAUCGUGGGUGAGCGGGGCAUCAGCUUGAGCGGAGGGCAGCGGGCUAGGAUCAGCCUGGCGAGAGCCAUUUAUCGGCGGGCUGACAUUUACCUGCUGGACGACCCACUGUCCGCAGUGGAUGCCCACGUAGGCAAACACAUCUUUGAGGAGUGCAUCGUGAAGUACUUAAAGGAAAAAGUUUGCGUGCUAGUAACGCACCAGCUUCAAUACUUAAAGGACAUGGAGCAUGUCGUGCUAAUGAACAUGGGCAACGUGGAACAGCAGGGACCAUUCCGCACGCUGGCAGAAUCGGGGCACUUUACCUCGCUGAACGCUGAACAACCGCACCACGCACCCGAUGGCCGGGACCGGGUGCAACAAAACAACGCACCAGCGCCGUCUGAUGGCGCGUCGAAUGCGCUGUCCUCGACGGUGGGACAGAACCCAGACAAGAGCUCGGACGGACAACAGCAACGAAAAGUCGAUAGUGUUGCGAACAAUGGGAUUGAAUAUGAUACGGCCAUCAGCAGCAUUGAUAGCAAUAGUAAAACCGAGUCGCAUAGAAUGACGGAACGAAGGUUUUCCAUCCAUCCAACCCCGGCACAACAUCAACCGGCGCAUCAACAGCACCAGUCCAUCUACCAACCGUCACCAUUCUCAUCUAGCAGCAUGGUUUUUGAUGGGUACGAUGACCGCGACGAACGUGGCCGUGGUACGAAAAAACGAUCUAACCCAUCUUCGCAAGAGGACGGCCCGUCGAAAGACGAUUCAAAUCACCUCCAUAAAGAAUCACAACUAACCGGACGUAUCGGGUGGCGCGUUUACAAGAGCUUUUUCGUAGCCGUGCAAAGCAAUCUGCUGCUGGUGCUGGCCAUCGUUCUGUUCCUGUUGGCGCAGGCCAGCAUGAGCGGUAUCGAUUACUACAUCUCCCAGUGGGUAAACUGGGAAGAGUACUCAAGCGCUCUUGAGCGGUUGAAAAGCAAUCGAACCGAGAUGGGAGCGAACGCCCAUAACAGCAGCGACUACGGCACCUUACUUCCUAUCCCUCCGAAACUACAAGGAAGUAUCUUCACACGUCUGUCCCGCCACCAGUAUAUACUGAUGUACGCGAUAGCGAUGCUGUUUAUGUUUGUACUCUCCUUGAGCAGAUCGUUCCUGUUUUUCUACAUCUGUCUGCGGGCCACAAUACGUUUGCACGAUCGCCUUUUCCGUGGCAUUACCCGUGCCACAAUGUAUUUCUUCAACACAAACCCAUCGGGACGGAUCUUGAACCGAUUUUCACGCGAUAUUGGAUGCAUCGAUACCUUUCUUCCCUUUGCGAUGAUGGACUGCAUACUGUUCUUUGUGGAGUUUUCCGCGAUCAUCGUGCUGGUUGCGGUGGUAAACUACUGGCUUUUGUUGCCAACCCUAGUGAUGGCCAUUGUGUUCUACUUCUUGCGCCACAUCUACACCAACACUGCCCGCAGCAUCAAGCGAGUGGAGGCAUCGACAAGAAGCCCCAUAUUCUCGCAUGCGAAUGCGUCCUUUCAAGGUCUCAGCACCAUCCGUGCAUUUGGGGUGGAAAAAAUUUUGGCAGACGAGUUUGAUAAACAUCAGGACCUGAACACGUCGGCCUGGUAUCUCUUUCUGGCCACAACGCGCGCCUUCGCCCAGUGGCUGGAGCUGGUGUGUGUGCUGUACAUCGCCGUGGUUACUUUAAGCUUCCUGAUGGUUGAAAACUCGAUGAGCGGCAAUGUGGGGCUGGCUAUUACACAAGUGUUUAACCUGAUCUUCAUGUGCCAGUGGGGUAUGCGACAAACGGCGGAGCUAGAAAAUCAAAUGACAUCCGUCGAGCGUGUCGUCGAGUACGCCGAGGUCGAACCGGAAGCAUCGCUUGUGUCAAUCGGCAAACACAAACCGCCCGCCGACUGGCCCGCACAGGGAUCGAUACGAUUCGAGCACUUUUCGUUGCGUUACGCUCCCCAAUCGAGUUUGGUUCUGCGCGACCUCAAUAUGUCAAUAAACGCGGGCGAAAAGAUAGGAAUUGUCGGCAGAACGGGUGCUGGCAAAUCGUCCAUCAUUCAGGCACUGUUCCGGCUAGCGGUUAACGAGGGAAUAAUACGGAUCGAUGGCGUUGACAUCGGUUCGCUCGGAUUGCACGAUCUGCGCAAACGGAUCUCCAUCAUUCCACAGGAUCCGAUCCUGUUUUCGGGCACGGUGCGGGAAAAUUUGGAUCCUUUCAAGCAGCACGGCGAUGAUACGCUCUGGAACGCACUGGAAUAUGUGGAGCUGAAGGAGGUAGUGCGGGGCAUGGAGGGGACGCUGGAUGCUAAAAUGUCCGACGGUGGUGCCAACUUUAGCAUGGGCCAACGGCAGCUCGUUUGUUUGGCGCGAGCGAUUCUCCGCAACAAUCCUAUUCUCAUACUGGAUGAGGCCACUGCAAACGUCGAUCCCGAGACCGACAACUUAAUACAGAAAACCAUCCGAGACCGGUUCGCACGGUGCACUGUUUUAACAAUCGCCCAUCGUUUACAUACCGUAAUGGACAGCGAUCGGGUGCUAGUGAUGGACGCCGGGAGAGCGGUCGAGUACGCACAUCCUUACGAGCUUCUGCAACGUCCCGACGGUGUUAUGAGACGGCUAGUGAACGAAAUGGAAGAGUCUACCGCGCAACAGCUCACUGGUAUCGCUUAUCAAGCUUACACAAAACACGGCCGCCAGUCUGCCGCUGAACGCUCUGGAGUUUGGCUGCAAUCAUUCGAGUCAGGAUCGAUCGAGUGUGGAUUGGUUUUAGUUUUAAGAAUGGAAACAUCUGAAAAAAUCGAAGAACCGGACAUCAAAUAUCCACGGACAAAAAUACAUCCGUACGCUUCCUCCAACGCAGUUUCACGCUAUUUUUUCUGGUGGCUCCGGGACUUGCUUCGAAUUGGCGUGCGAAGACAAAUCGUACCGAACGACAUUUAUGACACGCUCGAACCACAUAAGAGUGCACUAAUCGGUGCAUCCUUUGAGCGGCAAUGGCAGCGCGAAUCAUCGCGCCACUAUACCCUUCAGCCGGGAUCAGUGGAUGGCGGGCGCAAAACGCAAGCCGGCGACACGAAAAAUGAACCACAGUCGGCAAAGAAAAACAAACGACCGGUGCCACGAUGGCUUCUGUGGACUAUAUUACGCAUGUACGGGGUUGGAGUACUGGUGUUUGGAUUUGUUUACAGCUUCAUCGAAUCAACCUGCAGAAUAGGACAACCAUUCCUUCUCGGCCAACUAAUCCUUUACUUCGAUUCACAACGCACCACUACGAAGGCAAACGACGCAUCGGACAUAUCGCUGGGAGCAGCCUACGGGUAUGCAGUCGGGAUUGUGAUGACUGUGCUAGCCCCGCUAGCUAUCUUCCACUGCUAUCAACUGUAUUUGCUGCAAGUGGGCAUGAAGAUUCGUAUCGGUUGUUGUGCACUGAUCUAUCGGAAGAUACUUAGUUUGAGUAACACUACCGACGGAUUGUCUGGAACGGUAAUCAAUUUGAUGGCAAACGAUGUUAGCCGUUUCGAUUAUGCGGUAAUCUUUUUCCACGAUCUCUGGAAAGGCCCGGUAGAGUUGGUGAUUGUCGCCGUCCUCGUGUACCUUGAGAUAGGUGCCGCCGGGUUGAUUGGGAUCGGAUUUUUACUGCUGUUCAUACCGAUACAAGCCUGGCUGGGGAAGAAAUCGGCUGGAUUCCGAAUGCGGGCUGCAUUGGCGACGGACGAACGUGUACGCUUGACGAAUGAAAUCAUUCACGGCAUUCAGGUCAUUAAGAUGUACGUGUGGGAGCAACCGUUUGAGCGGAUGAUGCGCAAACUACGACGCAAGGAGGUGCAGGCUUUGCGUGGCAGUGCAUUCAUCAAGUCCGCACUAUUUGCACUUCGCAUCGUUCCAAAAGUGUCCAUCUUUCUAACGUUGGUCGCAUACGUGUACUUCGACAAUGCCAUAACCGCCCGGCGGGUGUAUAUGUUAAUUUCGUUCUUCAGCGUAAUCCAUCAUUCGAUGGUCGAGUUUUGGCCACUUGCUGUUACGUCCGCCGCAGAAGGGUGGAUAUCGUUGAAGCGAAUACAGGAGUUUCUACUUCAGCAAAGUGUGCAGAGCUUAGGCCAAAAACAAGGAUCUCGUAAGCUAAGCUUAAACAGCGCCCCGUUUGUCGAGUUCAGUUCAGUGCACAGUAGCUGGCCAAGUUCUAGUUUCUCACUUCAGGAUAUAUCGUUCAAGAUAGACGCCACUAACCACCGUACGGUAGCGAUCGUUGGUUCGAUUGGUGCCGGAAAAUCCACACUGUUGAACCUCAUUAUAGGAGAGCAAACUGCAACUGAAGGGACGAUCACGGUAAACGGCACCAUUAGCUAUUGCUCACAAAAACCUUGGCUAUUCGAGGGAACGAUCAAACAGAACGUUAUCUUCCUGGAUCCGUAUGACGAAACGCGUUAUCGCACAGUACUGAAGGUAUGUGCAUUGGAACACGACAUUGCGGAAUGGCCUCACGGGGAUCAAACAAUGGUUGGCGAACGUGGGUAUAGUUUGAGCGGUGGACAGAAAGCGAGGAUCAAUCUGGCCCGUGCAUUGUAUCGCUCGGCUGACAUUUACCUGUUGGACGACCCACUGUCGGCCGUCGAUGCCCAUGUAGCAAACGUAUUAUUUGAGCAGGCUAUAAGGAAUUUUUUGGACGGAAAGCUUUGCAUACUAGUGACGCAUCAAUUAAAGUACAUCAACCAGGUCGAUCAUAUCCUCAUAGUAGAGAAUGGUAAAAUUCCUGCCCAAGGCAACUAUGGGAAGGAGUUGUCCGAAUACUUCCCAUCGAGCCAUUUCUCAAAGCACGAAAAUCUACCGGAAGAAGAGACCGGAGAACGUGGAACGAAGGAUGAAGCAAGCUUACCAAGCAAGAGCCAGGAGCAGUCAUUAUCGGCAGAGCACAAGGAAAAGGAAGGACAAGAAGAUGGUACAGUUCAGUUUAAAGUAUACUUAGACUUUUUGAAGUCUGUCAAUAGUGUUUCGUUUGUCGCGUUUACGGCAUUGCUGAUGAUAGGAUUUCAAGUGGCUUGCUCUGGAACGGAUUACUUCGUGUUCAUAUGGGUGGAUUGGGAGGAAACGGUGGCGAACACACUUGAAGCGCGAUGGACAACGGACGAUCAUGUUUUGUUCUACGCUGGUGCCAUUAUCAUCACCAUUCUGUUAACCACCAACUCGUUUGCCUUCUUCGAAAUGUGUCUUAAAGCAUCGCUACACUUGCAUGCGGCACUCUACCGCGGAGUGUCUGAGACUUCCAUGCUUUUCUUCCACCAGAAUCCAUCGGGCAGAGUGAUGAAUCGGUUCUCGAAAGAUAUCGGACUGGUCGACACCAGCCUACCCACCGUUAUGAUCGACAGCCUCUACUUUUUUCUCGAACUUGCUGGCAUCAUAGUAAUAGUGGCGUUGGCGAACUACUGGCUCCUGAUUCCGACAGCGAUCAUGGGAGCCGUCUUUUACGUGCUACGAUUUGUAUUCCUCCGAACGGCACGAAAUGUGAAACGCGUCGAAGCCAUCACCCGCAGUCCAGUGUUCACGCAUACGAACGCCACGAUUGAUGGGCUGACCACGAUACGUGCAUUCGGUGCGGAACGUUUUCUGGAGGACACAUUCCACCGGUACCAGGAUCUGAACACUUCAGCUGCGUUUCUGUUCGGUGCCACGACGCGUGGUUUCGCCUUCUGGCUGGACGCGAUUUGCCUGCUCUACAUUGCGUCAGUUGUUCUGAGCUUUCUGGUAAUUGGGAAUGACAUCAUUAGCGGCAACGUCGGGCUGGCCAUAACGCAGGUGCUCAACCUCAUCGGAAUGUGCAACUGGGGCAUACGACAAACGGCCGAGCUGGAAAAUCAAAUGACAUCCGUGGAGCGCGUGCUUGAAUACGCCCAGCUCGUACCCGAAACGGACCUGGUGCCGGGUGUCCAAACAACCGAACGCACCGAAGCGUGGCCCAAAAAUCCCGGCAUAACUUUCCGCGAAGUUUAUCUACGCUACUCACCCAUCUCGGAUCCGGUCCUGAAGGGGUUGAGUUUCGACAUAAAACCCAAGGAGCAUGUUGGAAUCGUUGGACGUACCGGCGCUGGCAAGUCCUCAAUAAUUCAGGCACUCUUUCGCCUAACACCGUUGCACGCCGGCGAUGGUAUCAUCGAGAUUGACGGAAUCAAUAUCGGUUCGGUGCCGCUGCGGCAGUGUCGUGGCCGCAUCUCGAUAAUACCCCAGGAUCCGGUCAUAUUCUCGGGCAGUUUGCGAAGCAAUUUGGAUCCGGACGAGCGGUUGCCGGAUGAGCAGCUGUGGAAAGCGCUCGACCAGGUUGAAUUAAAACCCGCCAUCACCUCACUUGCCGGAGGUCUCAACACGAAGAUGUCGGAAGGAGGCACCAAUUUGAGUGCUGGCCAGCGGCAAUUGAUCUGUUUGGCCAGGGCAGUGUUGAAGGGCAGUAAGAUAUUGAUACUCGACGAAGCCACGGCCAAUGUGGAUCCGAAAACUGACGCACUGAUUCAACGCACGAUAAGGACGCAGUUUCACGAUUGCACCGUGCUGACGAUAGCGCACCGCUUGCACACCAUACUGGACAAUGAUCGGGUGCUGGUUAUAGACGCUGGUCAAAUGGUAGAGUUUGACAGCCCGCAGAAGCUACUCCAAAUCCCAGACGGGUUCUUCCGCAAAUUGGUUGAAGAACAUGGCCAUGAAGGAGCACCGAACCGAAGCACCGGUGCGGAUCAGCAAUUUUAUAACUAAUAGCUUCUGUAUUGGUUUUGAAUACUUUCUAUAGGAAAACUGAUGUAUAUAGGGGUUUUGUUUGAAUGACUUACUUGCUGAACAAGCGAAGUACUACGCAGAUGAUGAUAAACAUGACUGCCAUUGCCACCAGAACACCAAUCAUUGCCGGAUCGAUGUACUUCUCCGGCUCUAUCGGCUUAUUGAUCGGGGCUGGGGAUGUGGGGAAAUGAGAAGAAGGUUUUGCAACACAGUUAAUAAUGAGAACCGUACAUCAUCCUUAUCCUAUCCUACCUCGACACUCGACGCUUCCAUCCGGCUUGAAGAAAGGGUUCAUCUCGAACAGGCAGAUGCACCGUCCAUCACGACAUUCCGUCUGUUCUGUCAUCGCUUCGCACUGUUCACUGAAGAAGCAUGUUUCGUUCACUUGCCGUUCUAAAUAAAUUGGAAAGAAUGUUUAGGAUAA